AUGCUAAUAGUUGUCCCUGCUAGUGCACUCUCUCCACUUCAGCUUGGCACUUCUUGGCAACGCGCGAGGCACGAGACCAGUCUUGUUUACUACCUUGUUGAUCGUCCCAGGCAUUGUCCUAUUACCUCCUCAUACGAGAUGCCCUCCACACGAUACAGUGCCUCCCCCCGCAAAUACAUUAACUCCAGCGACACCGAGCCAUUCGAUACACCACCUCGCAAACGCCUUCGCCCAGCCGAUGACGAUGGAAGCCCCUCGAAAAGCUCCUCGGCAUCCUCUUCUCCCAGGAAACGUCAACGGAAAAGCCGUAAGAUCCAGUCCCAGGACGUUGAAUUGGAGCAGAUUCUGCGGGACUGUUUAGUCAAGCCUACCAGCCACGAUGCUAUCCUCCGUCUGAAGGAGGUUCCUCGAGACGAAGGCUCCCUUCGAUUCCUUGUGAAGUUUAUCAUGCACGACGCCAAACGUCCAGCCAUGCAUCGUUGGAAACAGGACCAGAUGCCACUAUUGGAAACAGAGCUCUACGCACAGUGGUUAGAAGGGCUGGAUGACUCUGUGUCUGCAAUUGAGAUCGCUCUCUGUGCUAAAGUCCCUGGAACGCGUAAACGGGUUAAAGGACUUGGACGCGCUUCAUACCACCUACUCUACAACGUCAUUGACGAAUUCAUCGAUGAAGUCAAUGCACACCACGAUGGCUUUUCCCUUCCUUCACCUGAAGACAACCUCUACCCUCCCACAAUGACACUGGCGGAGGAAGCGAAUGAUCCCUCCACUGAUGACCGGUCCGAGGAAGCCGUUCGCCAAGCCGAAGUCUGUUUGAAGAAAUUCGAUAGAGUCAUGGCCGACGCUGUUCGGCGAUAUAAGGUCGAAUGCGGCAGAAGCAACCCUUCGUUGGCUAGCCGCAUAAGCGACAUGGAGUACUCUCUGGCAAGAGGGUGUUGUUUGCUGUGCGAACAGACCGGUUUCGGGUCAAACGAGAGCGAUAUGGGUUUCUCCCUAAUGCAAGAAACGCGGGAAGUUAUGACGCACUGGAAGAGCGAGUACGACAACUGUGAAGAUCAAUUGGUUGAUUCCGAUUGA